GUAUUAAAUAUCAUAUCCUUACAAUAAAGUAACCUCCAGAAAAGAAAAUGUUACUAAGAAAAUCAUAGAGAAAAUACAUGUACAGUACAGCACUCUAAAAAAUCCAGCUAUAAGUGGACCUGCACAGUUGAAAACUGUGCCGUUCAAGGGUCAACCGUACUAAUAUGUUUCAUGGUCUCAUAGUCCUAGGCCUGUAGUAACAACCUUCCCUCCAUCUGUAGACCCUCCGCACAUUUCUGUUCACCUCUCCCAGGCUUCAAAUGGCCAGAAGAUAUAGUAACAACAUAACAUGGCCUUUGACUUCAGACAGAGCUAGAAUUACUAUUCCUGGCCUAUAGUAAGGACUCAGUAAAUGGUAGCUACUGUUAUUAAUUACGGGCUAACAUUUACCGAGCAUUUACUGUGCCCCAGGGCUGUUCAUUUUUCUCUUUUAAUAGUUUUAGGGGAACUGAGUAAAUAGUUAUACCUGCUUUACUGAGAAGAGAAGUGUAGGUGUAGAGGGGGUAAAUAACUUGCCCAAGAUCAGAGGGCCAAGAUCAGAGGUGUCUGGCCAGCGCCAGAGUUCCGGGUCAUUGCGGCAUUCCAUUUCCUCUCCCGGGCCUUGAACGCCCUUUCCCUCCACUGAGCUCUCGCACAGUGCAGUCCCUGCUCUUAGAGUUGCAGGGCCCUCCUAGUAACAGGGGCCUCAGCGCUCCAGCCAGCCAGCCGCCAGAUGACUAAUUCCCAGCCCACACGAAGCAAAGUCCAACAAACCUUAUGACCUGCUUUUCAGGCCCGAGGCCUUGUUAUUCUCUUCUAGGCGAACCUCCAAUGUCUUAAAAACGUUUCAGGUUUUAGAACCUAAAAAAAUGUGUGCGCUGGGGAAAGGGUAAAGAGGAGUGUUGGGCCACCAGUCGUGGGUACAUCUCAGCGGUGAAUAAUAGAACGGCUCGUCCCUAGAGCCAUCCGGCGCCUCGUACCUCACAGCUGCGAGCAGGAAGGACUGGCGCGUGAACAUCUUUCUCUCACCGUCCUCUGAAAGGAUUACGCCACAGCACCCGAGCCCCAGAGGCAUGUGGCUCCUGCGCCUGCGCAGUGGGCGGCGCGGGUGCAGGUGCGCUUGCGCAAAGCUCGACUUCUCGCGCUUCUUCAGAGGCCGGGAAGUCGGCGGUAGCUGACUGGGCUGUGUUGGCGACGUCGACGACGACGACGGAGCGAAGCGAACGGGUUUAGUCAGACAACUUCAUUUGUAAAUUUGGAGUGCUAAAGACAAAGUUACAGAUUUUAAUAUUGAAGGAAAUGAAGAGAAACCUAAAUGAAAAUUCAACUCGAAGUACAGCAGGCUGUUUGCCUGUACCAUUGUUCAAUCAGAAAAAGAGGAAUAGACAGCCAUUAACCUCUAAUCCACUUACAAAUGAUCCAAGUAUCAGUACUGCGUCUGACAGUUAUGACUUCCCUCCUUUACCAACAGAUUGGGCCUGGGAAGCUGUGAAUCCAGAGUUGCCUCCUUUAAUGAAAACACUGAACACAGGGCAAAUGCCACAUUCAGUUUCUCCUCCCCUGAGAAGUCAAGAUUCUAUGUCUAAGUCUAUUCAAUCAAAUACUGAAAGAAGCAAGAGUGGUUGGAGCUACAGAGAUGACAACAAAAAUACUAGCUGGAAAACUUGGGAUAGAAAUGAUUUGAGGCCUCAAUGUGAAAGGACAAACUUAGUGGCAAAUGAUGGAAUAAAUUCUUGUCCAAGGAGUUGGGGAGCUCAACAACAGAAACAGUUGAAAAUAUCUGAACCUCCUAACUCAUCUCAUCAAAGAGAAACUGAAGUACUCAGACAAUCACAUUCAUCAAAAAUACCUGGCUCCACGAGAGGUCUAGACAAAAACAAUGCAUUACAGGCAUUUCAGUCUAAUUUUCAACAAAACCAAUUUAAGAAGAAAAUGUUGGAUUAUAUUCCAGAAGAAAGCACUCUCAAGGAAGACUCAUUGUAUCAGUUAAAGCUUAAGGAAAAAGAUAAUUCUUUAAGAAUUAUAUCUGCAGUUAUUGAAAGCAUGAAGUACUGGUGUGAACAUGCACAGAAAACUGUACUUCUUUUUGAAAUAUUGGCUGUUCUUGAUUCAGCUGUUACACCUGGUCCAUAUUAUUCAAAGACUUUCCUUUUGAGAGAUGGGAAAAAUACUCUGCCUUGUGUAUUUUACGAAAUCUGUCUGGAACAGGGCAAGAUGAGAGUGUGUUUGAUGUCCUCAUGGUCCAUUCCGAGUAAAGCUGUUGAAGAUAUGAGAACAGUCUGCCAAUGCCAACAGUCACCCAGUGUUGCCAGCAGAACUUGAUGGUAAACGUAGGGCAAGCAACCCACUGUUGAGUUCCGAGGCCCUGAAAGUAUUUGAACAGUUGAAGAAGCCUUGCUGGGAGCAGUGUGGUUGAGACCUGGCAUUACAGUUAAUGGGGAAUUAAAGGAGAACAAAAUCUUUUGAUAGGAUUAAGUCUCUUGAUGGAGUCCUAUGAUUUCCAUUUCACUGUGAUCUAGAGAAUGAAAGUAUGCUCACAUCUGGAGAGGGGACACAAUCCAAUUUUGGCAGAUCCUAGC